GGUGUGUAUUUGUCGUUUCAUCUGCUGCUGUUCGGUUCGUUUCGGUUCGACGAGCAAAGUGAAAAUUUUUAUAUUUUUUAACAAAUAAAAUAUUUGAAAAUCUUUCGAUAAAACCUUCACAACGCUAAAUGAAGGUUAUUCCCUGCUAAUUUAGAUUGCAUUUUUUUUGUAAGGAAAUUGUAACGCGUCCAUUCCGUUGUGUGGUUGACGUGUGAAAUUGGAUGUGUCUGCAUAUCUGCCAAGCAGAAAACGCCGUCGUUGGAAGUCGGUGUCGUCGUCGCAGUCGCAAUAGCAAAAGCAGCACCAGUGAAAUAGAAAAAAAAGCAACAGAAAGUAGAAAAAAGAAGGCAGGAAAGAAAUAAAAGCCAAUAAUUGUUCAACGCAGGAAGAAUUUUCACUUUAGGAAUAGCAUAGGAGUGUUACAAACUAAACAGCAGUGGAGCGGUGCUAUUUGGGAGUGUAAUUGCAGUGCAAUAAAAUUUGCUACACCCAAUAGAUAAAAAUUCUUAAAAGUAUUAACGGUUCCGCAAGUACCGCUGUAGCCGUUAAAAUGUCUGCUGAACGCGAGAUUCCGGCGGAGGACAGUAUCAAAGUGGUCUGUCGUUUUCGUCCGCUCAAUGACAGUGAGGAGAGGGCCGGUUCCAAAUUUGUCGUAAAAUUCCCCAACAGCACUGAAGAGAAUUGCAUUUCAAUUGCGGGCAAAGUGUACUUGUUCGACAAAGUCUUCAAGCCAAAUGCAUCCCAAGAGAAGGUAUACAAUGAGGCUGCCAAGUCCAUUGUUACAGACGUGCUGGCCGGUUAUAAUGGUACGAUUUUCGCCUACGGUCAGACGUCGUCCGGUAAGACACACACCAUGGAGGGUGUUAUCGGUGAUCCGGCGAAGCAAGGUAUCAUACCGCGUAUCGUCAACGAUAUCUUCAAUCACAUCUACACAAUGGAAAUGAACCUUGAGUUUCACAUAAAGGUCUCAUACUAUGAAAUCUAUAUGGAUAAAAUUCGUGAUUUGCUUGAUGUCUCGAAAGUGAAUCUGAGCGUGCACGAGGAUAAGAAUCGUGUGCCGUAUGUAAAGGGUGCUACAGAGCGCUUCGUCUCGUCGCCCGAGGAUGUGUUCGAGGUGAUCGAGGAAGGAAAAUCAAAUCGGCACAUUGCUGUGACAAACAUGAAUGAACAUUCUUCGCGUUCGCAUUCAGUAUUUUUAAUCAACGUGAAACAAGAGAACUUGGAGAACCAAAAGAAACUUUCCGGCAAAUUGUACCUUGUAGAUUUGGCUGGUUCGGAGAAGGUAUCCAAGACUGGCGCCGAAGGUACUGUACUUGAUGAAGCUAAAAACAUCAACAAAUCAUUGUCUGCCUUGGGUAAUGUGAUCUCCGCACUGGCGGACGGCAAUAAGACGCACAUACCGUAUCGUGAUUCGAAAUUAACGCGUAUCUUGCAAGAAUCUUUGGGUGGUAAUGCACGCACCACAAUUGUGAUUUGUUGCUCACCAGCUAGUUUUAAUGAGGCUGAAACCAAAUCGACGUUGGAGUUCGGUCGCCGCGCCAAGACCGUUAAGAAUGUGGUUUGUGUCAAUGAGGAACUUACGGCUGAAGAGUGGAAACGACGUUAUGAAAAGGAAAAGGAGAAGAACGCACGCCUUAAGGGUAAGAUUGAGAAGUUGGAACUGGAGUUGGCUCGUUGGCGCGCCGGUGAAACCGUUAACGCCGAAGAGCAGGUCAUUGUGGAUGACCCCAUGGAGGCAAGUACGCCCAAUUUGGAAGUGGAGGCUCCAGCGAAUACUGCUGGUCCUGUGCCUGCAACUCCUGCGGCCGGCCUUAUGGUGGGCUCAAUCACCGGCGAUGAGCGCGCACGUCUAGAGGCUGAGCGCGAACGCCUCUACCAGCAGCUGGAUGAGAAGGACGAAGAGAUUAACCAGCAAAGUCAGUAUGUGGAGAAUCUGAAGGAUCAGAUUUUGGAACAAGAAGAGCUAAUUGCAAAUGCACGCCGCGAAUACGAGGCACUUCAGUCGGAGAUGGCCCGCAUCCAACAGGAAAACGAAUCGUCCAAGGAAGAGGUGAAAGAAGUGUUGCAGGCGCUCGAAGAAUUGGCUGUUAACUACGAUCAAAAGUCGCAGGAGAUUGAUACCAAGAACAAGGAUAUUGACUCCAUGAAUGAGGAAUUACAACAAAAGCAAACGCUGCUCAAUACGACCACGUCAGAGCUGCAACAAUUGAAGGACAUGUCAUCACAUCAGAAGAAACGCAUCAAUGAGAUGCUGACCAAUCUUUUACGUGAUCUCGCCGAAGUCGGUCAAGCAUUAACCGCUAGCGACUCUGGCGUCGACAUGAAGAUGAACACCGUCACUGGUGCGGGCGAUUCGACUAAAGUCGAGGAAGACUUCACCAUGGCGCGUCUAUAUAUUAGCAAAAUGAAGACGGAGGCCAAGAAUAUGGCACAGCGUUGUGUCAACAUGGAAACGCAGCAGGUGGACUCGAACAAAAAACUGUCCGAGUAUGAAAAAGACCUGGGCGAAUAUCGUUUAUUGAUCUCGCAGCAUGAGGCGCGCAUGAAGUCGCUACAAGAAUCGAUGCGCGAGGCCGAAAACAAGAAGCGCGCACUCGAGGAACAAAUUGAUUCACUGCGUGAGGAAUGCGCCAAGCUGAAGGCGGCCGAACAUGUGUCCGCUGUAAAUGCCGAAGAGAAACAGAAGGCGGAGGAACUGCGUUCCAUGUUCGACUCGCAAAUGGAUGAACUGCGUGAAGCGCACACCAAGCAGGUAUCCGAAUUGCGUGACGAAAUACUGGCCAAGCAGCAUGAGAUGAACGAAAUGAAGGAUGUGUACCAGAAGUUGAUCUUGGCACAUCAGCAGAUGACAGCCGAUUACGAGAAAUUGAAGCAGGAGGAAGCCGACAAGUCCAACAAGUUGCAGGACAUCAUUUUAACCAACGAGAGACGCGAGCAGGCACGCAAGGACUUGAAAGGUCUCGAAGAUACCGUUUCAAAGGAGCUGCAAACGCUGCAUAACCUCAGGAAGCUUUUCGUGCAAGAUUUACAGGCGCGCAUCAAGAAGACCGUGAUCAACGAAGACAACGAAGAGGAUGGCUGCUCUUUGGCACAAAAACAGAAAAUCUCCUUCCUCGAAAACAAUCUCGACCAGUUGACAAAGGUGCAUAAGCAAUUGGUGCGUGACAAUGCUGAUUUGCGCUGUGAACUGCCAAAACUGGAGAAGCGUCUGCGCACCACCAUGGAGCGUGUCAAGGCGUUAGAAUCGGCGUUGAAGGAGGCGAAAGAAGGUGCGAUGCGCGACCGCAAACGUUACCAAUACGAAGUGGAUCGCAUCAAGGAAGCGGUGCGGCAAAAGCAUCUCGGACGCCGUGGUCCCCAGGCACAAAUCGCCAAGCCCAUACGCGCCGGACAGGGCAACAUUGCCAUUCGCGGUGGCGGCGGCAAUGCAAUUGGCGGCCAAUUGCCGCAGGCAAGUGCUGUUAACUCAUAAAGCGAUUAAUGUAUUUGCAAAUACUACUACAUUUUAAAGUAAAACCAUUUGCAAUUUUCCAAUGAAUGAUGCAAGCCAGAAAUAAAGUGCGAGAGGAUAGAAGAUGUUUGAGAGGUGGAAGGGGGGGAUAAGUUUUUAAGAAUUUGCGGCGGAGUAGCAUGCGUGCCGUGGCGGAUUUGGAAAAGAGAAGGGAUUAGAAAAGUUGAAAUGCAUUGAAGCGAGCCAAAUGCUUAGCAACAAUUAUAGGAAUGUAGAAGCAUACAAAAAUGAUUAAACAUUUCUAUUUAGAGAAAACAAAAUAAUUAUUUAUUUUACAUGAAAACCAUAAUAAUGAAUUGUAAUACAAGAAAACUAAUGAUAUAAAAUAUAAUUUUAAACCAUACAGAAUAUGAAGAAAAUUUAAAUGGAAAAAAAAACCAAAAAAAAACUAAAAACAAGCUAUAUAAAAUACAACAUACUUGUGAAAAAUGAAAAGAAUGUGCGAAAGUCACUUUUGGUUGCUACCCGAAAAGAAGGUAUGUUUUCAAUGUUUUCUAUGAUUUUUUAUUUGUUAUAUUUUGGGCAUAGAGAAUUUGGUAACCAAGCUUUUGAACUCUGGUUUGGGAUGUGGUCAUAUAGUUCUUACGUUCUGCAUUAUCUUGUUUUCUUUAUUUUAUUUUUAUUUCUGUUUCUUGCUAAUGUUUUAAUCUUACUUUGUUUUUGGGGGUUUUUAGCAUUAGUCUUCACUUUAAUGAGGUAUUUCUAUUUUUUUUUUUUUUUUUAUCCUUGAGAAAGAAUGUCAUAUUUGGACAGCAAAAGCAUAAUUUUGCCUGGCGCGAAAUUCCAUGGAAAUGUAUUUUGCUAAUGAAUGCAGUGCUGAAUGUACUAAGAAUUUGUGCCUUUUGAAACCGUGCUCAAAUACAGUGAACUUUCAAUUUCCAAUAUUUACUUGUAAUUGAUUUGAAGUUACUCUUCGGUCAUUUAUUUACUAAUACACAUGUAAAUACAUAUGUACUAAGUUACUUCUAAACAUAUUUUUAUCCACUUUUAAUAGCAACUAAAAGGGCUGGCGUUGUGUGUUCGUGAAAACUCAGUUCAAUUGUAACGAUUUUAUAUUCUAAUAAGACUUUAAAAGGUAUCUUUGGUUGCAUAGCAAUAUACUUAAAUACAUACAUAGAAUAUUUUUUUAAUUAUUCAUUCAAAAAUUUACGGUUUUUGGAAAGUCUAAACUCUCAGCUGCUGAAAAAUUGUUUUUGUAGGCGCAGUUUCUCAGCUUUACAUGUAAACUCGAAAUACAUCCAUUCAUACAUGAUUGCCUUGACUUCUAAAAGUAAUAAAUAUAUUCAUUUUAAUAGCAACUAAUUACAACUAGCUAUUAUUGAAACGCUUUUUAAAAUACAAUGAGGCAUGUUUUGUAAUUCAGUUUCGUGUGAAUUCGAGCUAAGUUCGUUUUAAAUUAAAAUUGGCAGGAGUUGAAACUCACUCGGAAGUGAGUUGCAGAACCUACCUGAAUGUCUCAUUAAUAAUGGGUGUCGUUACACUUACACACGUACUUAUAUUGUAAACUAAGCUUUUUUCAUUCAAGCAUUCACCAUGUUUUUCUUACUGGACAACUAUGCUUAUUUUAUUUUUUUAAUACGGUGAAUUGCAAAUUUAAAGUCUUCAGGUUUUGUACCAUUUGUGAAA